AUGCACGGUUCCAGCAAUGGGCUCAUAUGCUUGUCUAAUGAAGGCACAGGCACCGUAUUCUUAUGGAAUCCAGCACUCAGAAAAUUAAAGACACUCCCAAACUCUCUAAUUUUGGACUCCAAGUCCGAUCAUUUGGCAUUUGGGUUCUAUCCCGGAGUUGAUGACUACAAGGUUGUGAGGAUUUUCUACUGGCACGACAUGGAUAUGCCCUUCAAAGAUCGAUUCCUAAUUGAGGUUUAUAGUCUUAACACGAACUCUUGGAGAAGAAUUGAUGUUGGUCCUUCAUGUUAUAUUUUUCCUCAGAAACCUGCAAUCGUGAUUGGAGCAGUAUACUGGGUUGGAAUGAGGAGACCUGAUGAGGGUGAUUGUUCUCUCCUUAUGCAUUUCGAAAUGGGUGAUGAAGUUUUUGAAAAGUGUGACAUAUGGACAAUGGAGGGUGGCAAAUUGGGUUGUUGGAUAAAACGAUUUACGGUUAAUGUUAAUAUCCCUGACCAAUCUAAUAUCAUUAUGCUAGGCUUGAGAAAGAGCGGUGAACUGCUACAAGCAGAUUCCCUAGAAGAAUUCAUUAAGGGUGAUUGGCUGUUAUCUUAUAAUUUUGAGACCCAAAGAGCUAAAGAUCUAGGAAUCCACGGAUAUUUGGGGACUUAUAGUGCAUAUUCUUAUGUGGAGAGCUUUAUUCAACUUGAUGGUGCAGAGAGUCUUUUUUCCGGCCACUUGAUAAUGGAAAUUGAUUUAGAAAAUGCUUGUGAUGCAGCUAUAUUUACAGGGAACAUCGAUCUCAAGAAGUAA